CGUACUCACGAAACACAUCUUUGAGUUGAUCUAUGUAUACCUGAAAAGUUACAAAUUCCGAUUUUUAGCGGCGUUUGGAGAUUUGUGUGUUUUAAGGAGGGAUAAUAGGAAAAACUAUUGCAAAAACGCAAAAAUUUCAUUCGCCGAACGUUUUAUCCACAUUCAAGAUUAUUUUAGUUGAUUAAAAAAUAUGUGAGAAGUGAAUUGCUUGUCGGGAUUGUCAAAGUUGAGGAUUUCGUACUAUAAAAAUAAUAAGUUAAUGGAUAUAUUAUGCGUAUACGACGGAUUUAGAUUCUCUUCAUUCCUAUUUGAGAAAUCUAAUGGUGGCCUUUACUUAGAGAACUAAUCUCUAACGUGAGCCGGUUUGGAAACUUAUUGGUUUAUAUUUUCCUCAAAUUGCAUCUAUGGGCCUCGAAAAAGAACACUCGGACUCUGAUGCAAAUUCAGCAGAAGACAAUACCGCACCCCAUACCGCUAGUACUGAAAUUAAUAAAAAAACCAUUUCAGAAUCCGAAUCAGCAAAGAAAGAUAAAAAUGGCUCUACUAACCAAAGCAUUGAUAAAAAUAAUUGUGAAACCAAUAAUGCCGCCCUGUCGUCAAACAAUAAUCCAUUGAAUAAUAUUUUAGAAAACAAAACAACUUUGUGUGUUCAAAAAACGGCGAAUGAAUUCAAACUGCGUGUCGUACCAUUAGAAAAACUACUGGAAAAACCUUUAGUAGAAAAAGUUAAGAAAACUUUGCAACCAAGGCGAUUGCCCGAACGUAGAAACAGAAACAAUUGUACGUUUAUAGAAUUAAGUGAUAGCGAAGCGAGUGGAGGUGACCAAGAUAAAGAAACUGAAGAAGUUUCAAAAAAAAACUCGGCGAACUCUGCAAAAUCAAGCGAAUUGGCGGAACACGAGAAGUCACAUCAAAUACCGGGAUCAUUACCCCGUAUAAGGAAGUGCACUGUUCGCAUAAAACGAACACAUUUUACCCCGACACCUAAUCUAUUAAAACAAACUGUUAUUAUAACUAAGGUGAAUGGUGGCGAACAUUCUAUAAAACUUCAAAACAAGAGCGAACAUACCAAUAGUGUCGAUAAUACAUUCAACAAAAAUAAAUCGGCUACAUCAAACAGAAAAAGAGUAAUGAAUUCGGAAUCAGAGGAUUCUGAAUCUAUUGCUAAUAUAGAUGGAAAUUCUGAUGAAUCGGAUGCAAAAAGUAGCGACAGUGAAGUGAUACCGGCACGAAAAAAAAGAGUUUUUAAUAAAAGAAAAAAGAGCACUGAUGAAGAUUCUGAUUUUGCGCCACAGCCUGCGCCAAAAAAACGCGGGCGUCUACGUCGUGGAAAAGACAGCAGUGAUGACGAAGAUAGCGAUCAGAAAGGUAAAAGAAAGGGCAAAAAGAGUAUGCAAUCUGAUGAUGAUGACGCAGAUGAAAAAAAUAAAAAUAAACGCAAACAUAUCCGCAAAAUUAUAAAAACCAAGGAUCUCGAUAUUUCUACUAAAAAUGCUACUAAGGAAGAAGAAGAACGUCGUAAACGCAUAGAGGAGCGCCAAAAACUUUACAACCAAAUUUAUGAAAAGCCAGAAAACGUUGAGGUCAAUGAAUUGGUGCUCGAUUUUGAUGAGGAAACAGAAGAACCUUUGCUUGAAGUCGAUAAAGGUAUUCUUAAAAAAUUAAAACCCCAUCAAGUGGCCGGCGUUAAAUUCAUGUGGGAUGCUUGCUUCGAAACAAUUAAAGAAUCUGAAGAUAAUGCUGGUUCUGGUUGUAUUCUGGCCCAUUGCAUGGGUUUAGGGAAAACCUUACAAAUUGUUACACUUUCACAUACUUUAUUGGUAAAUUCAAGUCGUACAGGCGUUGAACGCGUACUAAUAAUAACACCAUUAAGCACUCUUAAUAAUUGGGCACGCGAAUUCAAACAAUGGAUAUCUUUUGCUAACAAGCGACACGUUGAAGUAUAUGAUAUGUCCAAGUACAAGGACAAACCAACACGAAUUUUCAAAUUGAAUGAAUGGUUUGAAGAGGGCGGUGCUUGUGUUAUUGGAUAUGAUAUGUAUCGCAUAUUAGCUAAUGAAAAAGCUAAAGGAUUACGAAAGAAGCAACGAGAGGUAUUACAGCAAGCCCUGGUAGAUCCUGGUCCAGAUUUAGUUGUUUGUGAUGAAGGUCAUCUACUGAAAAAUGAAAAAACAUCCAUUAGCAAAGCCGUGACAAAAAUGCGUACUAAAAGACGAAUUGUUCUUACCGGUACACCACUUCAGAACAAUCUCAAAGAAUAUUAUUGCAUGAUACAGUUUAUUAAGCCAAAUCUUCUUGGCACUUAUAAGGAGUAUUUAAAUCGUUUUGUAAAUCCAAUUACUAAUGGCCAAUACACCGAUUCUACUGAGCGAGAUAUUCGCUUAAUGAAGCAUCGGUCGCAUAUAUUACACAAGAUGUUGGAAGGAUGCAUUCAGCGGCGCGAUUAUUCGGUUCUGGCACCCUAUUUGCCGCCAAAGCACGAAUAUACAGUUUAUACCACUCUCUCUGAUCUGCAACAGCAAAUAUAUGAAUAUUACAUGACCACCCAUCGCGACCUAAGUGGUUCUGAUAUUAGUGGAAAAGGAGCACGUUUGUUUCAAGAUUUUCAGGAUUUGCGGAGGGUGUGGACUCACCCAAUGAAUUUGCGAAUGAAUAGUGAUACAGUUAUUCGAAAGCGACAGCAAGCAAAUGACUCCGAUUCAAUGGAGGAUUUCAUUUGCGAUGACGAUGAAGACGAAGCAGAAUCUGGCACAGGAUCAGAUACUUCUGUGGAUUCGUCUAAGUCAUUUGCCAGUGGCGGAGGUGGUAGUGGAAACAUUAGCAAGCCUAGCCGAACCCGUAGCCGCAAGCAGAUUGACAAAGAUAGUGAUAUUGAAGAGACGGAACCAUCGCAACCUGAGGUUGACCCAUCGGAGUGGUGGAAACGCUUCGUAGAAGAUAAAGAAUUAAAUAACAUUAAUCAUUCCCCGAAAUUGGUUAUUCUAAUGAAUUUGUUACAAGAAUGUGAGAUUAUUGGCGACAAGCUUCUUGUAUUUUCACAAUCUUUGCAAUCAAUUGACGUCAUUGAACAUUUUUUGGCAUUAAUAGACAGUAAGACAAGGGGAUACGAAUAUGAAGGUGAUGUUGGAGAUUUCAAAGGUUUUUGGCAGCCAGGAAUAGACUACUUUCGUCUUGACGGCUCAUGCUCUGUCGAAAGUCGUGAGGCUAUGUGUAAAAAGUUUAAUGAUGUUAAAAACUUGCGUGGUCGUCUAUUUUUAAUCUCAACACGAGCUGGAGGAUUGGGUAUUAACUUGGUAGCAGCAAACCGUGUAGUUAUAUUUGAUGUUUCUUGGAACCCCUCUCAUGAUACUCAGAGUAUUUUUAGAGUUUAUCGUUUCGGUCAGGAAAAACCUUGUUAUAUUUAUCGUCUAAUAGCCAUGGGUACCAUGGAACAAAAGGUAUAUGAGCGUCAAGUUGCAAAACAAGCCACGGCUAAGCGAGUAAUCGAUGAGCAGCAAAUUUCUCGCCACUACAACCAGUCUGAUCUUCAAGAACUUUAUUCCUAUGAACUGAUGCCAAGUAGUGAACGCGAAAUUCCGAUUUUGCCCAAAGACCGCCUAUUCGCUGAAUUGCUUAGUAAACAUGAGUCUCUGAUAUUUAAAUAUCAUGAACAUGACUCACUUUUGGAAAAUGAAGAGAGUGAGAAUCUUAAUGAUGCCGAACGUAAAGCUGCCUGGGCGGAAUAUGAAGCAGAAAAGACGCGAAGCGUUCAAACUUCUCAAUACAUGUCUUAUGACCGUGGUGCUUUUGGUGGUCAAUUGGCCAAUGCCACAGGCGGUGUAACCUCUAAUCGUAUCUUCGGUUUUCGCUCAGAUGUGUUAUUGCAGUUACUCAAUAUGAAGAUUGUCAAAGAUCAUCCAGAUAUAACACAAAAUCAAGCCUUGCAGCUUGUACCCACAUACUUGCAGCAUUUGUAUACUGAAAUGAACAACAAUAAUCCUGCAAUGUAUAAAGAUCUUUUAUCUCUACAUACCACACUUGCUCAUCCCAGCGGAAUGUAUAUGAGUCCGCUUUUGUAUGCAAAUCAAAAUCCGAAUGCAGCAGGUUACUCUCAAACACCCGCUGGACAGGAUGGUCAACAACAACAACAGCCGCCUGCCUCAUCAGGUGCUGGACCUGGUACAGCACCUCCCCCUCCCGGGUUUAAAGAGAAUGAAGUAUAUGAGAUUGAUUAAAUACACAUAAUUGUGACUCCCAUUCCUCUUCAAAUCUAUGGUUGGCAAAUAAACCAUGAAAGGUUUUCUCCAAUCUCAUUAUUUCUGAUUAUUUCUAAAACAUGCUCUCAAAUGUAGUGGCAGAUAACAUAUUAUAUGUAUGCAUAUAACUAUGCUCCCUUUGAGUAGCCAAUUUACAACAAUUAUCACUGUUUACCAGUAUCCUGUUUUAAAAAUACCAUUUUUAUAGAAUUCAUAGAUACAAAUUCGCAGGUAGAAUGUUUAAGUUAAAUUUUUAUUUUUUGCAUUGAGAAUAAUUAUAAGGAAAUGCAUAAAUAUAUUCUUAUUACAUAAUGUUCGUACAUAGGCAUCCUUUUUUGCAAAAACACACAUAUAACACAAAUAAAUACAAGCACAUGAAUAAUUUGAGUGACUAUAAUAAAUAAAUAAAAUAUAUUAAACAAAAAGGAAA